UUCUCCACAGACUACCCAGUGAAGCUGCUGCGAACUCCAGCAGCUCCCUGGGAACGCACAGUCUCCACUGGAAUCCAGACUUCCGCGAUCACAAUCUUCUUGCUGUCCCGGAGACGCCACCAGAUCUCCCGGAUCCUUUUCCUGCAUAACCUCCUGUUGUUUUUUUUUUUUUUUUUUUUCUUUUAUCUUCCUUCCCAGCUUCCAGCUCAGCUCAGCAUUUCCCUUCCAUACGCACGGACCUCCAGCGGCCAGCUGUUCUUAGCAUCCCACCUACAGUCCCCCUGAUUUCUGUCCCUCUUUGACAUCAACUUCUUCGACCAACAGAAGCCUGUCAUAACCUUCUCACCAGACUCCCCUAAUCUCUUCUUUCUUCUCUUUGCCAGCUCCUGACUCCCAAAUCCAGCUAACCUUUGACUUCCUGACAUUUGGUCCUGACACUCGACUCCGGAACCCCUAAAUUCCUACCUCCUGAAGCCUGGACUGCUGAAACUGAGGUCUUUCCUGAUUUCUGACCCCGUUUCUGAAGCUCAUUUUGACUUUCUUUCUCUUGGGCCAGUUCUUGCUACCGCUACUCCACCAUGGACUUCGUGAUGAGUGGCCUGGCAGCCUGUGGGGCCUGUUUGUUCACCAACCCCCUGGAGGUGGUGAAGACUAGGAUGCAGUUGCAGGGAGAACUGCGGGCCCCUGGCAGCUACAAGCGGCACUACCGAAACGUCUUCCAUGCCUUCAUUACCAUCGGCAAGGUGGACGGCCUAGCUGCCCUGCAGAAGGGCCUGGCCCCUGCCCUGCUAUACCAAUUCCUGAUGAAUGGCAUUCGGCUGGGCACCUACGGGCUGGCUGAGGCUGGAGGCUACCUGCACACAGCUGAGGGCACCCUCAGCCCUGUCCGCAGCGCAGCAGCUGGUGCCAUGGCUGGAGCUAUGGGAGCCUACUUGGGGAGCCCUAUCUACAUGGUGAAGACACACCUACAAGCGCAGGCAGCCUCAGAAAUUGCUGUAGGGCACCAGUAUAAGCAUCAGGGCAUGUUUCAGGCGCUAAGAGAGAUCGGCCAGAAGCAUGGUCUGGUGGGGUUGUGGCGUGGGGCCAUUGGUUGCCUGCCCCGAGUUAUCUUUGGUUCCUCCACCCAGCUGUGCACCUUCUCAUCCACCAAGGACCUCAUGACCCAGUGGGAGAUAUUUCCUCCCCAGAGCUGGAAGGUGGCUCUGGCAGCUGCCAUGGUGAGUGGCAUUGCAGUGGUCCUAGCCAUGACACCCUUUGAUGUGGCCAGCACAAGACUCUACAACCAGCCCACAGACUCUCAGGGCAAGGGCCUCAAGUACCGGGGGAUACUGGAUGCUCUGCUGCAGACAGCUCGGACAGAGGGCAUUUUUGGCAUGUACAAGGGUAUAGGAGCCUCCUACUUCCGCCUCGGCCCUCACACCAUCCUCUCCCUCUUCUUCUGGGACCAGUUGCGCAUCCUCUACUACACAUACACCAAAUAACAGUGAUUCUUCCACACUCCACCAAAUCAGCACUCCUUGGUCACUUCUGCCUCCAUUACUGUAUGUCCUGGUGACUUCUGACCAGUUGACCUUUCAUCCAUCUGAGGGGGACAGUUCAUACCACUGCUCAUCUGUUUUCUCAGGGUUGAAUUACUACAAGAGAGUUUCCCUCCCUUCCUUGGGUGUCACUUUAAAUGUACUCUACCUGCCCCCCUGUACAUUUCACACCCUUCCCUCAGGGCUGAACCAGUCACUCCAAAGUGUAUUUCCUCCCUUUCUCCACUGCCAGCCUUGGGUCCCUUCUGAUCC